CGGCGGUUAAAAACACAACAAAAUGAGCCGCAAUAAAGCCGAACCGAGAAGCUUAGCGAACACCGAAAUUAACAUGUUUAGCAUCCAAGUUUUGCGGUGAAUUACCGAACGACACUGUGAACUAAUGUUGGCUCGUCCGUCAGUUAUUCUCCACCAUGAAUUUAAGAGGACUAUUUCAGGACUUCAACCCCAGUAAGUUCCUGAUCUACUCCUGCCUGCUGCUCUUCUCCGUGCUGCUGUCCUUGAGGCUGGAUGGAGUCAUCCAGUGGAGCUACUGGGCUGUGUUCACCCCCAUAUGGCUGUGGAAGCUGCUGGUCAUCAUCGGGGCCUCGGUCGGCACCGGAGUCUGGGCCCACAACCCCCAGUACAGGGCCGAGGGCGAGACGUGUGUGGAGUUCAAAGCCAUGCUGAUCGCCGUGGGGCUCCACGUCCUGCUGCUGAUGUUCGAGGUGCUGGUGUGCGACCGCGUGGCGAGAGGGAACUACUUCUGGCUCCUCGUCUUCAUGCCGCUCUUCUUCGUGUCGCCCGUCUCCGUGGCGGCGUGCGUCUGGGGCUUCAGGCACGACCGCUCCCUCGAGCUGGAGGUGUUGUGUUCCGUUAACAUCCUCCAGUUCAUCUUCAUCGCUCUGAGGCUGGACCGGAUCAUCAAGUGGCCGUGGCUGGUGGUGUGCGUCCCGCUGUGGAUCCUGAUGUCCUUCCUGUGCCUCGUCGUCCUCUACUACAUCAUCUGGUCCGUCCUCUUCCUCCGCUCCAUCGACAUCAUCGCCGAGCAACGGCGGACUCACAUCACCAUGGCGAUCAGUUGGAUGACCAUCGUCGUGCCGCUUCUCACUUUCGAGAUUCUUCUGGUGCACAAGCUGGACGGCCACAACAGCCUGAGCUACGUGUGUGUGUUCGUGCCGCUGUGGCUCUCCCUGCUCACGCUCAUGGCCACCACCUUUGGCCAGAAGGGGGGGAACCACUGGUGGUUCGGCAUCCGCAAGGACUUCUGCCACUUCCUGUUGGAGCUCCUCCCCUUCCUCCGAGAGUACGGCAACGUGUCCUACGACCUCCAGCGCAGCGAGGACCCAGAGGCGGCCGAGGACACGCCCGUGCCCGAGCCGCCGCCGAAGAUCGCCCCCAUGUUCCACAAGAAGACCGGCGUGGUGAUCACGCAGAGCCCCGGGAAAUACUUUGUCCCGCCCCCGAAACUCUGCAUCGACAUGCCCGACUAAGCGUCCGCCAAAAGGCGCCGCCGAGGACACUCGUUUGGUUUUUCCCCACCGCCGCAUCACUCUGUCUGGAGAACGGUCGGUGGAUCCUCGCGUCGGCCGUUCCCUAAAGGAAAGCCCGCCCUGCCUGUUUUAUUUUUCACCGUGUUGCUGACAAUGGAUUAUUUGUUCAGGGAGGUGAAACCUGAACACGAGGGUCUCCGAUCUGAAUAUCUAGGUCGACGGACGAAUCAGAAGAGCCGGGUCUGCGUUGGAAUUGAAUAUUGGACUAUCGGGGACCACCGGAGAGACUCCAGCUGGAACAAUGAACUCAAGUUCAGCGAGGAGGAGGGUCAGCCACAGGGUUAGGGUUGUUAUUAUUUUUUCAGGUAUGUGUCGGUUCAAUAUUUGGUCUCUGGACACGUCCUCGUUCAAACCGGCUGUGAAGUGAACCCCUUGAUUCCAGUUUAGGAGACCCCACGGCUCUGAUGUAAUGCAUUAAAGUGCAGCCAGGAGGAGCUCUUAUGAAGAGGAGGAAGAGGAGGCGUACACGAGCCACGCUAAGAUGACGCAUUUGAGUCCGGUCAGUUGUUUUUUUUGUAUUCCUAUAUUUUAUUUUGUAAAUACAGGUUGUCGCGUUGGGGACCAGAGUGGAGACGGCGGAGCUGAAAGUUUGAGGCAGAAAUUCCCCCAAAUAAGUUUUAAAAGGAUCCAAUUCUUAAACCCUACUUUAAAAUGGGAUGUAGUACACACAUAGGCUUCACCUGGCUCGUACUUCCGCGAGUAGAGAGAAUAACUCCUGAGAUCUCCUGUAGCUGUGCACAUUCACCGGUUGUCAAUUCAUGAAAUGACUCAUGUGUAUUUGUCCUCCGCCUGCUGGAGCGUCUCGGUACUGCAGGGUGUGGUUUUCUCUCCAUGGCUUAUUGUUUCCGUUAAAUUGGCCCCGAUGUUCAUUACACUUCCUUGAUGCUGAACCUCAAGCUGGUUUCCUUCUGGUGGAAUCUGAGAUAUCUCCACUGUUUGUCUAUAUAUUUAUUUUAGAAUUAAACUAAGAAAGAAAAAUA